AUGGGUAGUUGUCUUCCUUGUUUUGGAGGAGGAUCAUCCAGCAGCACACGCACUGGGUCGAGGAGAUCUUCUAGAGGAUCUUCAUCUUCUCGAUCUCGCCAAUCAUCCAUGGCUACCUCAACACCCAGAGCAAAUUUUCCCACUAAUGCGGGGCUGGUCAGAAUUUCUUCAAGAACAUUUUCGUUCCAAGAGCUUGCAGUUGCUACACAUAAUUUUAGGCCAGAAUCUUUGUUAGGUGAAGGUGGCUUUGGGCGUGUAUACAAAGGUCGACUUAAAACUGGGCAAAGAGUUGCUGUGAAACAGUUUGACGAAAAGAGCCUUCAAGGAAACUCAGAAUUUUUAGCGGAGGUUCUCAUGCUCAGCCUCUUACAUCACCCAAAUCUUGUGAACUUAAUUGGUUAUUGUUCUGACGGUAAUCAGCGGCUGCUUGUUUAUGAGUACAUGCCAUUGGGGUCUUUGGAGGAUCAUUUACAUGAUGUUCCUCCUGACAAGGAGGCCCUUGACUGGAACACAAGGAUGAAAAUAGCAGCUGGUGCAGCAACCGGAUUGGAAUAUUUGCAUGACAAGACAGACCCCCCUGUAAUAUACAGAGACUUUAAAUCAUCUAACAUCCUCCUUGGCGAGGAUUAUUUUCCAAAGCUAUCAGAUUUUGGGUUAGCAAGAACUGGUCCCACGGGUGAUAAUACUCAUGUAUCCACACGAAUAAUGGGAACAUAUGGAUAUUGUGCCCCAGAAUAUGCCAUGACUGGGCAACUAACUUUGAAAUCUGACAUCUACAGUUUUGGUGUGGUGUUACUCGAACUUAUUACGGGGCGCAAGGCUAUUGAUAAAAGACGUCCACCUGGAGAGCAGAACCUUGUUAUAUGGGCCCAACCUCUCUUUAAAGACCGUAAGAAGUUCGCCAGAGUGGCUGAUCCUCUACUUCUGGGGCGUUUUCCAAUGCGAGGACUUUAUCAAGCACUUGCUGUUGCAGCAAUGUGUUUGCAGGAACAAGCUACUGCAAGGCCUGUAAUUGGGGAUGUUGUGACUGCUCUCGCAUACCUGGCUACACAGACAGGUGGCCAAAAUGCAUCAUCAAGUCAGUCUGACAUUGGUCUAUCAUUGCCGACGACUAGGGAUGAAGUAAGGGGCGUGGCUGAUAGCAUAGAUCGUGGAGGGAUUGGCUCCUCUUCCACCCAGAGAAAUACACCAGGUAUUAGGAUCAGAGAGGGUAAGGAAGCAGAGAAAGAAAUUGGUGAAGGGUCGGGGAAGGAAUCUCAGAGAGGUGGCUCUGAAAAUACUGCAAGAGGUAGAGAAAGUCCAAGGAAUCUGAGGGAAAAGAAGGCAGGAAAGAGUAGGUUUUUUUGA